GUAAUAUAGACACGUGGGCGGAAGUCAGCUGCGUCAUCAAAACAGUGAGACAGACAGGAGGAGGUGGAGGAGCAGCAGCCCGUCAGUGGAUGUGACACGCUUACAAAUACACAGAAAACAACCCUGCGAGCAGCAGGGAAUGAUGAUCCGGCUCCAACAGCGUGUUUAGCUCCCUUCGACAGCAACUGCACGUCGGAGCUUUGCGUUAUUUUCCUCCCUUCUCGCGUCCUUGGACCCAGCACCAGAAUCGGAACCGGGACCAUGGUGGAGCAGUCGGAUCGCGCCCCGCUGCUGGACUGGGAGGAGAUCCCACCGCCCGAUGCGAACCAGGCGGCCCAGCCACCGCCUCAGCCGCCGCGGGAGGAAGACGCAGAGAAAAGUUCGCAGCCGGCCGGGAGGUGUUCACCGACGGGCACUGCGGCUGGCACUGGGCGCAGCAGCAGCAGCAGCACCACCACCAACAACAACGCCACAACCACCAUCACCUGCAGCCCGACUCGGACCGAAACAGCUGUUAUUGCCGGCGUUCAGGGAAUCGCGAGCCGUCCACGAACAGAGGGGCACGCGUGGGAUCGCCCGGAGCCUCUGGGCACGGAGCGCAGCGUCCCGUUCCCCGGCCUCUCCGUGAGGGAUCAGUGGGAGGAAAAAGACCAGAUCGUGGCUGUGUUUGUAGUUACUUUCGACACGAGAUCAGGGAAUAUGGUAGAGUGGUGCCUGCCUCAUGACAUCAAUCUAGAUGGAGUUGAAUUCAAGUCGAUGGCCAGCGGUUCCCACCGGAUCACCAGUGACUUUAUAUAUUUUCGCAAAGGAUCUUACUUUGGACUGGCCUGUUUCGCUAACAUGCCUGUCGAGAGCGAGCUGGAGCGAGGGGCAAGGAUGAAGUCCGUGGGAAUUCUGUCUCCUUCCUACACCCUGCUUUACCGCUACAUGCACUUCCUGGAGAACCAAGUCAGACACCAGCUGCAGUGUCCAGGCCAGUAUUCUCCACUAGAGGCCUUCUACGAAGACAAGAAGGCUCUUCUCCCCCCUACCGGAAAUGGCCUGGUCACUGCUUGUCCAACCUGGAGCAUCACCUCUAUCAACCGCUGCAUGCACCCAGAAAUGAAGAUCACCCACCCGGCCGGCUGCAUGUCCCAGUUCAUCCAGUUUUUCGGGGAGCAGAUUAUGGUGCUGUGGAAGUUUGCGCUGCUUCGGAAACGUCUCCUCAUCUUCUCGCCCCCACCCGUAGGUGUGGUCUGCUACAGGGUAUAUUGCUGUUGCUGCCUGGCCAAUGUUUCUUUACCUGGAAUUGGAGUUUCUGUGCCUGAAUUGCGGCCUUUCUUCUACAUCAAUGUUGCCGACAUCAGUGCCCUAGAAACAGAGAUGUCAUACGUGGCCUGCACCACAGAGAAGAUUUUUGAGGAGAAGAAGGACCUGUAUGAUGUCUACAUUGAUAAUCAGAAUGUGAAAACACACAGAAGCCAUUUGCUGCCACUGCUCAGACUGAAUGCUGCGGAUAAAGAGAAGUACAGGAAGCUGAGUGAACAGAGGCAAAUGCUGCUGUACUCUCAGGAGGUGGAUGAAGACUGCACGUCAAAUGAAGAGGAUCUUUUCAUUCUGUUCUUCAUGGAGCUGAAUAACCGCAUCUUCCAGACCCUGUCAGAUGUGGCAGGGAGCACUGAUCCCACUCUCACUGCUGAUCAUGUGAGGGCCAUGGGGCUGGAUCCCCAGGGCGAUCGCUCCUUCCUGGUUGACCUAUUGGAGGUGUACGGCAUCGAUGUCACGCUGGUUAUAGACAACCUCUGUUGCACUUGAGCCCCCCCGCCCCCGACACCUCACCUCACCCUGAAGAAAUUUGGACGUGCCUUCAAGGCCCACACACACAAAGACACUGAAGACACUGCCUCCACCCUGGGACUUCUUUUGGGUGUCUUGUUUCCUCUCUGUGCGUCUCAUCUGACCUGUGAACCAACCAGUGUGGGUGCUAAGGACGCUUAAAGGUCGCUGGUAUGCAGCAGCCGAUAAUUCCUUACAGACAGUGUUGCGUGGCGGACGUGUGCUCUUAUUGCUGUUCACAUCCCACGUCAUUCAGUACGUUUUUUGUCAAAAAUAUGUUUGUUUUUUUUUUUGUUUGUGUGCUUUUCUGACUUUGAUUCUGGCUUAAGGGCCAAGUACUAAAGAACUGGAUUAAAUUAUGAGAAGUCUUCAUCCUGUCAUCCUGUCUGGUCAUCUCCUGAAUAUGAUGGAUUGUUCUCUACAGCACUUGUCACAAUACAGAAGUCAACGACACUGUCACAGUCCUGAAGCAUUAUCGUCUGCUUCUGGCUUGUCCGAAGAAUGCGUCUGUAUUUGAGAGCGGUCUUACUCCUGGAAAGGAAUUUGUGUAUUUCACAUUUUGGGAAAAUCAAACAAAACUUGGAUGUUUUUCAUGUUCCGGUAAAUCUAUUUUGAGAGAAACGGUUUCACUUUAUCUGCCUUUAAGAAAAGGAAGCAAUAGGAGUCAUUGUGUUGCAAGUAUCUUCCUUUUUCACGUAUUCUCUUCCCAGUCUUACCAUACUUCCUGAUUUCACUUAGGAAAUCAAGGUGUGAGGUAAGACUGGAGUACGGUAAGUGUGAUUUCCUCUUUUCAUAAUGGAUGAAACCAAGUAAGAAUAAAAAGUCCGAUAUAAAUACUUUCUUCACAUUUAUGCACCUUCAGCACAAGGUAGAUCUUUCUCUGUGUUUUGUCACAAGUGAUCGGGGCUUUAUGGGAACUGUUAUUCAUUGUAGCUUCUCAUUCGUUGCAAUCGGUGGAGGGAUUUAAAAUGAAUGUGAUCCUCCAACACUAUCCUAUCAUGAAUGCUGCACCACGUCCACCACUGGACUGUUACCUGACGCGCACAGUCACGCUUAACUGUUUUUAUAUUACGCUACGUUUAUGAUUCUUAGUCUGAGCCAAUGAGUACUUGCAGAACGGGGGCGCCUUUAGUGUGUAUCUCUCGCUUUGUUGUUUUUUUUUUAACUCGGAUUACUGUGGAGGUUGACCUGUCAGCGGAAGCUAGCGAAUCUCUGGAGAUGAAUGAUGAGUCCUUGAUGCAGCCGUAUGUAGUUUACUUGUUGAUCAGCCUCAAAGAGAUCGUCUCCACGUCUGUAUGCAUGACAAAGAUCUCUUUGUCUGUGUGUUUUUUUUUUUUGAGAUCUGUUGAUGUCCCGAUGAGAGCUAAGCAGAAGCUUUAACUCCUCUAUGGGCAGAUUCACAGAAAAGACCCCGUCUGUUCGGGCUGAGGGUUUUCUCUUGGGUCCUUUCAUCACAGCCCCAUUGAGUGGAUCCAGCAUUAGAGAUGGGCCAACCGUGUCUUUUGAACGCUGCUGGCAGAGAGCACUUUCAGUUCACCCAUCACGUUGCCAAUCUCAGUGAUAAUUUGUUCCAUGUUGGAACACAUGAGGCUGAUGUUUGCCUUGAAUAAAAUUAGAAGUUGCUGUCUCAACCUUCUUAUGCCCACUCUGAGAUAAGCUAAAACACCAAGUAUUUUUUAAAAACUUUUUCAUUCACUGGUUGAUAUUUAAUGUUUGAAAAUGAUUUUCCUUUCAUUGUCAGAAUCCAAAAGUAAGUAAUCUUGAUGGGGCUAAUCCCCAGGUUGAAAACCGCUGAUUUAGAAAGUGGUUUUAUGGCCUCUAGGUUGGUUAAAGAAAGCGCACUGUGUAUAUGAAAGGAAAAAGGGUAGAUCCACUCUGUUUUAAAAUGGCGCCUUAAGAACAUGUGACUUCUCGAAUUUGCUACAGCUAUGUAAUCGACCUAUUUCCGUAUGUGCGACAACAUUAUUUGCUGAAAGAUUACGUGUAUUGUCCUUCGCACUCCUGAGUGACCUUUGAGUCUCCAGUUAGACCUUUUAACUCUAACUGGUCUAUUUACUCGUCAGCUGAUGUAUCCUCUCCCUCCUCCUGACAGCGUUUGCUUUACAGGUGUAUGUUAAAUGUAAAAGGGAAUGUACACAACAUGCGCCACUGUAUAAAAUUGCCUUCUUCGUGUAACACGUGUACCAGCAUUAGCUAAGCAAACUAUUUGUCCAGUGUGUCACUCUACUGAAUGUCAGCAGACGUAUUGCACACCUGCAGCAACACAUCCGAGUAGUGUAACCGUCUCCUUCUUGAUUGUAACUCACAGAAAUAACAAAUAAGUCUUCACCUUUACUAAUGUGAAACACCGUUAAAAGAUGUCAAUAAUGUAACACAUGAACUCAAUUGCAUGAGCAACUGUCGGUUUUACUGUACUGCCAUUAUAAAACAAUAAAUCGCUGAUACUGCA